CUGUCAUAUCUCUAUAUAUGGAGACCAUAUGCUGAUGCCCUCUCUGCACUAACCUCUCUCUCUCUCUCUCUCUCUCUGUGUUUGAAAUCAGAGAUGAAGAAUCCUAUGCGUCCAUUCUCAGCUGUUUUGUUCCUCCUCUUGCUGCUUGUGGCCACUGAGAUAGGGUCAAAGAUGGCGGAGGCGAGGACAUGCGAGUCUCAAAGCCAUAAGUUCAAGGGAACAUGCUUAAGUGAGACUAACUGUGCUAACGUUUGCAAAACGGAAGGCUUCACCGGAGGAGACUGCCGAGGGCUGCGCCGCCGCUGCUUCUGCACUAGGCAUUGUUAGUCGGUUAUAUUCCAUAUAUGUACUGAUCAGAGGAGAGAGAAUCAUAUCUCAUAUAUUUCCUCUUUAUUCAGAAUAAGAUCAUCUAUCCUAUAAAUCAUAACUGUGCUAACUUUUGCACAUAUUAAA